CUCGCUCUCACACUUCAAACCCAGUAGCGAAUUAUCCAACGCAACAAAAAGUUCUGUCUUCUCUCUCAACAGCCAUUUCCUUUUUCGAUAAUAAGCGAAGAAAGGAAAAGAAAAAAAGGCCAUGUUCUUCAAAUCACCCUCCCCUUCAAGAAUGACACCUCCCCCUUCACCUCUACAUACCACCUUCUCAGAAUCUCUUAUGGAGGAGAACAUCCAAAUCGCUGAAUCAUUUAUCUCCAAAUGGGAUUUAGAAACAACUACCGAUGCCUGCUGCACCAGCUCUCUCUUCUCAGGCAACCGCCAAGAAGCCAAAGAGUUCCUUAAAGCCAUCAAACACUUACAGUCCGCCAUGCACUAUUUUGUCGCCAAUAAUCCAUCUUCAGAUAAACUCGUUCGUUCCCAAACUCUCAUGCAAACAGCCAUGAAAAGACUGGAGAGAGAGUUUUACUACAUGUUAAAGACUAACAGAGAAUACUUGGACCCUGAAUCUGUUUCCACUCACUCUUACUCAUCAGCAGCUUCAAGAGCCAGUCUUUCGGAUAUGGAAGAUGAUUCGGAGGAUGAAUUUAAAUUCGCAGCCGAAAACGUUUCUGACGCUGAACGUUUCUCUAUUGCUGCCAUGGCUGACUUGAAAUUAAUAGCUGAUUGCAUGAUAGAGUUCGGUUAUGGCAAAGAGUGUGUCAAGAUUUACAAGAUAAUCAGAAAAUCUAUUGUUGACGAAGCGCUUUAUCAUUUAGGAGUUGAGAAACAAAGCUUUUCUGCGAUUCAGAAAAUGGAUUGGGAACUUCUUGAGGUUAAAAUCAAGAACUGGUUACACUCCGUUAGAACUUCUGUUAAAACGUUGUUUUACGGCGAGAGGAUUUUAUCUGAUCACGUCUUCUCGGCUUCCGACACUAUCAAGGAGUCCGUUUUUACAGAAAUUUGUAAAGAGGGAGCUUUGACUCUGUUUGCAUUCCCGGAAAAUUUUGCAAAGUGCAAGAAAACGCCCGAGAAAAUGUUUCGUACGUUGGACCUCUACGAAGCAAUUGCCGGCCUCUGGCCCGAGAUUGAGUCUGUUUUCAGCUUUGAAUCAACUUCAGUCGUCCGAUCGCAAGCUGUGAAUUCUCUUAUCAAACUAGGCGAUGCUGUCCGUACUAUGCUGGCGGACUUUGAAGCCGCGAUUCAGAAGGAUACCUCAAAGUCCGGGCUUCCCGGAGGUGGAAUCCACCCCCUUACUCGCUAUGUAAUGAACUACCUUGCUUUCCUCGCCGAUUAUUCAGAUUCACUUUCAGAUAUAUUCGCCGACUGGCCGUUAGCGAUCAAUACUCCGUUACCAGAAGCUUACUUUGGGAGCCUGGAAUCCGAGGAUAACAUUUCCUCGCCAAUAUCCAUACGGCUUGCUUGGCUUAUUCUCGUUCUAUUAUGCAAACUAGACGGCAAGGCUGUGUUGUACAAGGACGUGUCACUCUCUUACGUCUUCCUGGCCAACAAUCUCCAGUACGUAGUCUCAAAAGCCCGUACGUCGAACCUUAAAUUCACCCUCGGCGAGGAAUGGAUUAUGAAGCACGAGGGAAAGGUGAGACAGUACGCAGCCAACUAUGAGCGUGUGGCGUGGAGCAAGGUGUUUGCGUCAUUGCCUGAGAAUCCAACGGCUGAGAUUCCGCUAGACAAAGUCCGAAACAUGUUUCAGCAAUUUAACUUGUCCUUUGAAGACGCCUGCAACAAACAAAGCGCGUGGGUUGUACCGGACCAGAAAUUAAGAGACGAGAUAAAAAUAUCGUUAUCAAAGAGGAUCGUGCCAGUGUACACUGCAUUUUACGAGAACUAUCGGGUAAGCGCGAGGGGGUUGGGGAAUCAAUCGUUUGUCAGAUUUGCCCCUGAUGAUUUGGGAAAUUACUUGUCGGAUUUGUUUUACGGGACCGGUGGAUCCGGUAGUGUUUCAUCUCAUUCCAGUCAAGGAGGACAGGCUCGUUGAACAUGUUUGCAUGCCGCCCAAGACGACUAGAUUAUUGCAGGCUUGGGUUCCUUUGUGAUUUUUGACAAGAACAAAAUAAAUUGACAGGUGUACAGAGAUGACGUAUACGGAAGCUUUGACCGUUGGUAUAUUAAAAAAUGAAAUAAAAAUUCUUUGAUUUUUCUGAUUGUUUAAAUAUUAAAAUAAUGCAGUUUGGAAUAUUGGGAUCAUUUUUUUUUUUUAUCUUUCAAAGAGUUGAAAUGGAUGAUAUCGAAGAAAAUCUAUUUGAUGAAUUAUUCAAUGAAGUUUUGGCCCAAUUAUGGAAACAUAGAUCAUUAU